AAUAAUGUUUCAAAUGUUAUCAAUAGGUGGCGAAAAUUGUUUUGAUUUCAAGUGAUUGUUGUCUCUCUGGGUAAUAUGGCUGGGCUCGUUCAAUAUGUCAUUAUCCGGGGUGAUUUGAAAUCGGUACUUCAAUGGCCACUCGGGGCUUUGAUGGCUCAAGCUUGCCACGCUUCUACAGCUGUCACUCACCUUUUUUACCAUGAUCCAAAUACCCAGGCGUAUUUAGCCGACUUGGAUAACAUGCAUAAAGUUGUCUUAGAGAUUGCCGAUGAACCAGCCAUUAGAGCACUAGCAGAGAAGCUUGUUGAAAAGAAAAUCGAUCACAAGUUAUGGACUGAGCAACCAGAAAACAUACCAACUUGCCUUGUUACCAAACCAUAUCCUAAAGCGGAAGUCCAGUCUCUUUUUAGACAUUUAAAGUUAUGUAAAGGGUAAUAAAAAUAUAAACAUGCACACU